ACGACGGACAUCAAGAACUUACUGGCUGCUGUUGGAGAAACAUCUGCCUUUUGUUUUGCAUUGUAAGAAGUCAAGUCACCUUACUUUAUCACUUUAAUUUGAAUCUGACCUUGUAAUUAAAUAAUCAUGGCGAGUCUGAUUCGUUUGAGCUCAGUUUGGCAAAGAGGAAUGCGACCUGUGCUUCUCUGCCACACACAACUGUCUCGAGGGUCAGCCUGUCCGAGGAUUGGAGAUGUGGACUAUACAGAGCCAGCAGGCAGGAUCCACACAGCUUCAUCAAGCACUGGUAUUUCAGCCUCCCAGCACUGGACAGGUGAAAGGGUGAUGACUUUAGUUCUUUUAGGUAUGGCUCCAGCCGCAUACCUGUGUCCUGGUCCAGUAGUGGACUACUCUAUAGCUGCAGCUCUCACAAUGCAUGGACACUGGGGUAUUGGUCAAGUCCUGACAGACUAUGUUCACGGUGAAGUUAAGAUCAAGCUGGCAAAAGUUGGCAUCUUCCUGCUGUCCACAGCCACAUUCUUUGGUCUCUGCUACUUUAAUUACAAUGAUGUUGGCCUCUGUAAGGCAGUGGUCAUGCUCUGGCAAAAAUGAAUAUUCUUGUGUCUUUUGAAAAUGUGCAUGUCAGAGGUCUGAAUAAUCAUUCUAACAAGAUUUGUUUUCGCCUUUUUUUUGCAAAGUGACGGACAUACUCCACACUGCAUGAUUGAUUUCUUCAGCAGGCUACAAACUGAUCUUGAUAUAUUUCCCACCCAAUGUCAACUUGCACAUUAAAACAGCAAUCACAAAAUUACUGUAAAACAUACAUAUAGUACACAUCUACUUUACAUUGCUCUGCUGAUGGCCUUUAAUUAUUGAACAUCAGAUGACCCAGCGUUGUUGUUCAUAAUUAUAUUUUCGUAUUGACAUAUGAGAAUAAAAGCAGCGUCUGUGAUUAA